GUUACUGCUGUCGUGCAUGGUGACAAUGGCGAAGCGAAGCGGCUGGGACACCAUUUUUGCAGAACCGAUCCUAUGGAGUAGAAAAGACAGGAUAAGGACAUGCUUGGCCCGCAUCAUUUCAUCCGCAUGUUUCACUAUCUUCAUCGUCCUGGUGCUGGAGUUGGUCUUACAAGGUCAUCUGUGGGUCACACAAAUGCUACGAGAGGAUCCCCUGUUGGUCAAGCAACGUCAACGCUACCAGUACAAUGUGAAGAACGGGCCGUUUGUUCUCAGCGAACAGGAGAUUGUGGACUCACGACCAGAGAACCUGUCGAAACAGUACGUUCAGGUUCACCACGGCACCGCCAUACGUCUCGAAACCAUCGAUGUUGGCUGUGGCAGUGACAGAUGCAAACGCAUGAUCUUCCAGUUUAAGAAGCACGCGGCUCACGACCCAAACAUCAACCAACUCGUGGUCAUGAGGCCACUAACUUACUCCCAUCCUAGUUAUUCCGUGCGACAUCCAAUCAACUUCAGCGCCAUGCCAUCGAAAAAACUUAUGUCCAUCUUAGGGGCGAUUGGCGUGGAAAAGCAUUACCUCCGUGGCAUGGAAAAGUCCGGACUAGUUUCUCUCAUAUCGACGGCAUACGAAUCAGAUCCAAAAUACUUUAAUUUCGCCACUGAGUCUCACGUUUUGGUCGGCUUUCUGACAGACUUUAGUGCACUCAGUGUAUAUAAAAAAGCAGAAUAUAUGGAUCUGGUAUUGGAUACAUGCAACCCAUACUCUGUGUUUAGUAGUCCACCGCCCUAUAUAACUAUUGAAGACAUAGCUACUAAUGUUCCUACCAAACGCUUUGAAGUUUCCAUUAUGAUUGGUGCCAUCUUGUUUGCCAUGAUGUCUGGGCUUAGCAUUUGUGAAAUUAUUCAGAUAUGGGUGUCUUCUUCUCGUAUGUUGACCUCUUUCGGAUCAACCGAAUUUCAGAAACGAAUUCUUGAACCACUAAAACACAUUGCUCAGUCAGAAGGCUGGCAAGUGAACACCUCUUUGUCUAUUUACGAAUUGGCUGCUCUGAAGCUACAGGAAAAACUUCUCUUCUCGGAUGAAGUCUACGCAAUCGUCAACGAAGAAAAUUUCAGGCUUUUUGUUGCGAAUAAUUACUUGAUCUACGCCCGAAAUGAUAUAAUUGACGUGAUUCCUGUAUCCAAAAUUGAAGAAAUCAGUUUUUUGGGCGGUACAUGUCAUGUUGUCCUCAGCUCCGGUCAGUUGAGGACCCUAAAUAUGAGUUCAGACCAGGCAGAUCACUUGAGAAAUGCCCUCAGCAGCCGGAGCGCACGGUUCAGACAACUGGAGGAGGAGAGACCGGCAAGGCGACAACAGGAAGAAGAGGAGCGACUGAGACGGCAAAGGGAGAGAGAGGAAAUCAGAAGGAGGGUUGAGGCUGAACGGGAAGCCCGACGCCGAGAGGAGGAACAAGCGAUCAGACGUCGCCGACAGCAGGAAGAAACGAUCAGACGCAUCAACGACCCAGCGGACGACAACGCUGACCUUGGAGUCCUGGAGCAUCCUUUUAUCUGAGAAGUACUAAUAAUCAGUUGUUCAAGACAUGUUGAAUACCUAACUUCUUUGGUUGACUGUGCUGGAUGCAGCGUGUCUUGGUGUGCGAAUAGAAGAUAUUUUACGCAUUUGAAAGCUUUGGAUCUUACACAUGCUAUAAAUGAAAAAGGCGUUAUACCCCCUUUCCACUAGGACGGCGCUCUCGCCGCGCUCUCUCUGUGACAUAGAAUGUGACAGAUCGCUCAACGAAUUGUAUAGAAAAGAAACGAUUUUAAAAAAAUGUUUUGUGUGUUUUGUAGUUCUCUCGGUCUCGCUAUCACCUUUACAUGCUGUAUGCACUGUAUGAUGCACCCAGUAGGAAAUCAGAGGUUACACAUAUCCUAUUUAGGUAGCAAUGAGAGCGCAUCGUGAUCGCCGUCUGGCGGAAAUGGGGCCUUAGGCAACUCAAUUACUUGCGGUUCAAGAAAAAGAUUUAUGAAAUCAAGAAAAAGAUUUUUGCCGAAACAUUUUCAAGCCAUGUAUUUGAACCUGUGAUUGCUGUCUAAAUAAGAUAUAAGAUGCUGUGAUUUGUUUAAAUCGAGCCACAUUACAAAUGUAAUACAUCAUGUCAUACUUUGCCUAUAAGGUCAUAAUAUGAUAUUGUUUGGUUUUUGUCAGAUAUCUGUUGUGUUAUUCCUCCAUUUUAUAUGUUUUCGUGCGGAUGCAAAAAGGAUAUGGUUGUUUUAUCGAAUGCUUCUGUUUAAAAAGAACAAGAUUUCUAGUUGUUAAGUUUAAACAUUGUUCUUACACAAAAAGAAAGAAACUCGCCAUAAAUGUUUUAGGUGUAUGAUUCGCUUCACUGACGUCAUCUGUACGGACUGAAUUGCAUUUAAGAUUGUUUACAUGGAUUUCUACAUUACAUUAAUGGACCUUAAAUCUCCUUUCCGAACUUUGACAUCUUGCAAUAAUAUUUUAUUUCGCCAGAUGGUAUUAAUCUCCGGUCCUCAAAAUCGGUGUUUGCGAGUAAGUACCGCCAAUGCUCACUAGGCGGCACCUCUGUACAAAGCAGGUGCUUGAUAGCAGAUGCACCAGGGCUAGGGACCGGUUUAAUGGUUCAAGAAGAGACCGGUCGGUUGUUUGUGUAAAAACGGAAUUGUGCGUGGUGUUCAGUUCUAGGGAAAAUUUUUGCUGACAAUAUGUGGGCUCAUCUAUUGUUAUGUUAAUUAGGAUGUUAGGCUUGGUUCUAUACCUAUAUAUAUGGUACUUGUGUUAUAUAGUGACUGCCGUUGACAUACAUUGUACCAUAUACAAAGGUCGUGCAAUGAAGUUCUUCCAUCUCAGCUCAGGCCUACGUUCUACUAGACUGUCUACGCUGGCUAUAGGGAGAGCAAUUUGUCAGGUAAGGAGAGUUUGGUCACCCUGACCCAAUCCGUAUUUUUUUUAAAUUUUUUAUUUCAACUUUUUUAUUUCAUUUCAAUAAACAUUACAAAGACAUACAAAAGACAUGUACCACAACGUGGAUGGAUACAGACAGAGAAGGACCUUUCAUCUUACAUGUCGUAUGUUCGGAAUUUUAGUUGUAAAAGGAAUCCGUAUAAUGUCAAUGAUUGGAAGGCAGUUUUUCCUCCAUCAAUCAGGACUGGGUCUGCUUACACACUGCGACAGUAUGUUGUGCUCCUAAAACGACACUGUAUACACCCGUUAAAUCUCCCUCUGAUAUACUUCUGUAUCAAAACAACCACAAUAGACUGAGGGCCAGGUUAUGGAUACAUCUGCUGGUUUGAAGUUAUCCUGUUUUCCAACAUCACUCGUACGUUCUCUGUCACACACACUGAAAAAUGAAGUCGUUUACCAGCUACAGAAAGAGUGGUGUACCGUGUAGGACUGACUAUAUUGUAUAUACAAGCUUGAGAUACCCGAGAUAGUCUUCGGUCCCAUUUUUUUUUUUUUUUUGCAUCGGUGCCGCGGUCAAGCCCCGUUUACAAUUCAUGCGGACGCCGGCCGAAUUUGUAGAUCGGUCAGAGCUCGCCGAAAAUCAACAUCGCCCGAGCAUCGGCUUUACUUUUUAUCAAAUAAUCUGCACCGUCACAAAUUGGACGGGGCUCGGUGUUUCCCUCCGGAAAGUUCAAGUCAUUGUUUUUUCUGCUUUUUUGGUGCACAACUGACAUCACGCGGGAGUUUAAAUCCCAACGGACGAGCUGUUAAAAGUCGCCCGAAGCCCGCGUAAUCGCCCAAACGCCGGUCAUACUCCGGUCGAAACUGCCCAUUUCGAACUCGCUGACAAGUCGGCCGAGCUAAAUUAUUGAUUUGUAAACGGGGCU